GGAACGAAACGCACUCACGACAUCAGUAGCGAAUAGCUGCGCACACCACACUCGCGGAAAUCCUUUUUCUUUCUUUUUCUCCAACCAUUAGUAGUGUCUCGCCAUGCUUCGUGCAACGUUGACGAGGCGUAAUGGGUUUAACGUCAAGGAGCUGUACCCCUACGGCGUGCCCAAACGCACUUUCCCCUACCGCGAACAUCAGAAGCAGAUUAGUUUGGCCCCCACUGCUGGUGGGUUCUACCUCACCAAAUACGCUUUAGGGUGGCCUUUCCAGAUUCCCUUCGAAUGGCUCUUUUACCGCUCAUCCGUUGCCUUCUUUGUGUUCUGCGUCACCUACGAUAUUCUCUUCGGCCUGCCGCACCCUUUCAUGAAGGAGGUCCCGCCGGGUACCCCUCAUCAUUUCUUCUUCGGCAACUCCGGUGGAUCUCCUCAUCACCUCUGGCAGUAUCAAGAUGGGUGGACGGUGCCAAACAUGUCUGGCGGACGGCGGUGGUGCGACUAA